AUGAUUACCAUAAAAGUACCCUGUUCCUCUGCGAACAUUGGCCCCGGAUUCGACGUUAUCGGUCUCGCUCUCUCCAUAUGGCUCGAGUUACAUGUCGAUGUCAACACAUCGGUUACCUCUCACGCACCUCUCAAUUGCAAAAUUACGUAUGAAGGACAGGGCGCAGAAGAGGUUCCGUUGACGGCUGAUAGCAAUCUGAUUACUCGAACUGCGUUGUAUGUUUUGCGAUGUCAUGGGCAGAGAAGCUUUCCUUCCGAAACGUCGGUUCACAUUAUCAAUCCUAUUCCAUUGGGACGCGGUCUUGGAUCGUCUGGGGCCGCAGUGGUAGCUGGUGUUGCGCUGGCCAAUGAAGUUGGGAAGCUGAAGUUAUCGAAGGCUAGAAUGUUGGACUAUUGUCUUAUGAUAGAACGCCAUCCAGACAACGUAGCCGCAGCAUUGUAUGGAGGGUUUGUCGGAACAUACCUCAACGAACUCAGCGCCGAAGACACAGAACGCAAAGAGAUUCCACUCAGUGAAGUUCUCCCUGAGCCUGCCGGAGGAGUAGAUACUGGAUCCAAUCCUCCCGAGCCACCAGUUGGAAUUGGGCAUUACAUGAAGUUUCCCUGGGCACCCGAAAUCAAAGCCAUUGCCAUCAUUCCACAAUUCGAAGUCGCAACCGCAAAAGCUCGAAGCGUCUUGCCAUCUUCGUAUUCCAGGUCAGAUGUAGUAUUCAACCUUCAGAGAAUUGCUCUUCUACCUUCAGCGCUUGGAAGAUCACCACCUGAUGCAGAGCAAAUCUAUCUCGCAAUGCAAGACAAAGUACAUCAACCUUACAGAAAAGGUUUGAUACCAGGCCUCCCUGAGAUCCUACAAUCUGUCACUCCUAAAUCCCAUCCCGGUCUAUGUGGAAUCUGUCUAUCAGGAGCCGGUCCAACUAUUCUUGCGCUUGCAACAGAGAACUUUGAUGCAAUUGCGAAUGUCAUUUUAGAUACUUUUGCGAAGAAUGAUAUCAAAUGCGAUUGGAAAUUGUUGGAACCUGCGCAGGACGGAACAACUGUUACAUACAGCUGA